GGGGUCACCGACUAGCUUUUAUGAGCGAAAAUGUUCUCGUGUUUACCAACGGCUGUUCAAUUAUCAUGUUUAUCUUCCCCUAAUCCCCAACCACCGCCAACCCAGGAGGCUAGACCCGCGGCUACUGAUGUCAAAAACGACAGCGGCAACAUCAUAUCUACGAAGAAGAGGAAAAUAAACGGCUCAGAGAGGGAAGACGCAAGUGACACGAUUUCUUCUUCGCCUCCCAAAACCCUGAAUUCCUCCUCCUCCCCCUCUUCCUCCUGCUCUCCCACUCCGCUGCACAUACAGAAGAAGUUAAGGUUUGAGGAUUCAGUGGAUUUCAUUGGACUGGAUGUGAAAAUGGCCGAAGAGGCUGCUGCUGCUGCCGCCGCUUCGUGCUCUAAUAACAAAAGCAAAGCCAUGUUCCUGCCCGGUGGCGUGGGGCACCACGCAAACGGACUAACGAAAACCGCAGGAUCCGGCACCUUCUCCAGCAGUAAACCCGGUGCUGCCAAGAAACUAGUCAUCAAGAACUUCAGAGAAAAGCCCAAGUUGCCUGAGAACUACACACAGGAAACAUGGCAGAAGCUGAAAGAAGCAGUGGAGGCCAUACAGAACAGCACUUCAAUCAAGUACAAUCUAGAAGAGCUUUACCAGGCUGUUGAAAACCUCUGCUCCCAUAAGAUUUCUGCCAAGCUUUACAAACAGCUGAGGGCCGUGUGUGAAGACCACAUCAAGGCACAGAUUGAUCAGUUCAGAGAGGAUGCUCUGGACAGCGUGCUUUUCCUGAAGAAAAUUGACAAGUGUUGGCAAGAUCACUGCAGACAAAUGAUCAUGAUUAGGAGUAUAUUUUUGUUUUUGGACCGCACCUAUGUUUUACAAAAUUCAAUGCUGCCAUCGAUCUGGGACAUGGGCCUGGAGCUGUUCAGGUUCUACAUAAUCAGUGACGUAAAGGUCCAGAGUAAAACCAUUGAUGGGAUUCUGCUGCUCAUAGAGAGGGAGCGAAAUGGAGAGGCCAUAGACCGCAGUCUGCUCAGAAGCCUGCUGAGCAUGCUCUCUGACCUGCAGAUUUAUCAAGAUUCCUUUGAGCAACGCUUUUUGGAGGAAACUAAUCGGCUGUACGCUGCAGAGGGACAGAGGCUGAUGCAGGAGAGAGAGGUACCAGAAUAUCUCCAUCAUGUCAACAAACGCCUAGAGGAGGAGGCUGAUAGAGUUAUUACAUAUCUAGACCAGAGCACACAAAAACCUCUCAUUGCUACUGUGGAGAAACAGCUGCUGGGUGAACAUCUCACCGCAACACUGCAAAAAGGGCUGACUCAUCUGCUGGACGAGAACAGAAUUCAGGAUCUGUCUCUUCUCUAUCAGCUCUUCAGUCGAGUAAGAAGCGGUGUUCAGGUGCUCCUGCAGCACUGGAUAGAGUACAUAAAGGCUUUUGGAAGCACAAUUGUAAUCAACCCAGAAAAAGACAAGACAAUGGUGCAAGAGUUGCUGGACUUUAAAGAUAAGGUGGAUCACAUCAUUGACGUGUGUUUCAUGAAGAAUGAGAAGUUUGUUAACGCCAUGAAGGAGGCUUUUGAAACGUUCAUAAACAAACGCCCAAAUAAACCUGCAGAGCUCAUAGCUAAACAUGUGGAUUCAAAGCUGAGAGCAGGAAACAAAGAGGCAACUGAUGAAGAGCUGGAGAAAAUGCUGGAUAAAAUCAUGAUUAUCUUUAGAUUCAUCUAUGGAAAAGAUGUUUUUGAGGCCUUCUACAAAAAAGAUCUGGCCAAGAGGUUGCUGGUUGGAAAAAGUGCCUCAGUGGAUGCUGAAAAAUCCAUGUUGUCAAAGCUGAAACAUGAAUGUGGAGCAGCUUUUACCAGUAAACUAGAGGGGAUGUUCAAGGACAUGGAGCUUUCUAAAGACAUCAUGGUGCAGUUCAAACAGUACAUGCAGUGCCAAAACAUUCCCGGCAACAUCGAGCUGACGGUGAACAUCCUCACUAUGGGUUACUGGCCAACUUAUGUCCCGAUGGAAGUGCACCUGCCUCCUGAGAUGGUGCGACUGCAAGAGAUCUUCAAGACUUUCUACUUGGGCAAACACAGUGGCAGGAAGCUGCAGUGGCAAUCAACAUUAGGACACUGUGUCUUAAAAGCUGAAUUCAAAGAGGGAAAGAAGGAACUCCAGGUGUCACUUUUUCAAACACUUGUGCUGCUGAUGUUUAAUGAAGGAGAGGAGUUCACCCUGGAAGAGAUCAAACUGGCGACAGGAAUAGAGGAUAGCGAGCUGCGUCGGACGCUGCAGUCACUUGCAUGUGGGAAAGCACGUGUUCUCACCAAAAUCCCAAAAAGCAAAGAUGUGGAGGAUGGGGACAAGUUUUCCUGCAAUAAUGACUUCAAACACAAGCUCUUCAGGAUCAAGAUAAACCAGAUUCAGAUGAAAGAAACGGUGGAGGAGCAAGCCAGCACGACAGAAAGAGUCUUUCAGGAUCGUCAGUAUCAGAUUGAUGCUGCCAUUGUGCGGAUCAUGAAAAUGAGGAAGACUCUGAGCCAUAAUCUCUUGAUGUCUGAGGUGUACAACCAGCUCAAGUUCCCUGUCAAGCCUGCCGACCUGAAGAAGAGGAUUGAGUCUCUUAUUGACAGAGACUAUAUGGAGCGUGACAAGGAGAACUCUAACCAGUACAACUAUGUGGCCUAGGAGGAGAAAAUGCAGUUCCAGUUUGAAUGAAAGCUAUUCUGAGUGAUCGGUCUCUAAAUCUUUUUCUCCAGUGGAUGUUACCCAUUAUCAUCUUCAACCCAGUGACCGACAAGCAAAUGGCUACUGCUCCACAGGGUUGUUGUCAGGGGUCUUGUGAUCCUGUGGACUGCAUGCCCAUUGAAUAGAGAAUAUUGUCCAUAUUUCUCUGUGCCUCUAAGAGAGCUGGGACAAAGACGACAUAGUUCACUUUGCUCUUUUUUUUUUUUUUUUUUUUUUUUUUUUUAAUGAAGAGGAAAAAUAUUUAUUUUCAAACUUAGAUUCUUUGUCCAUAGUUUGAAUCAAUAUGCUCUUUGUUAUAAAAUCACUUUUUUCCCCCUUUUCUCCAUCCAGUAUCCCAAGCAAAUGUUGGCACAUUAAACAAUGCUCUACAUGUACCACGUUGAAGGGGGAAAAGGGAUCCAAGAAAUUAAAUUGCUUGUUUCCUCA